AUGGCUCUGAACUAUUCUCAGCGGCCAGUUUUUCCUGCUCAUACAUCCGAAGACAAUCUGAUUUCACCCUUGAGGAUCGUGAAUGGGUAUGUCGUGGAAGGCAUGUCAGACAGAGGGGGAGAAAGCUUCGUGAAGCCUAGACAUGGUAAUGGAGAGAUCCAUGAUCGUUUUGGUGGCUCACCAGAUCCAGUUUCUACAGACAUAAUCGACUUAUUACCUUCAGAUCCAUUUGGUAUGGAGAUCGAUAUCAGCACAACUUUCACAGCCAUCACCGGGUGGCUUGAAGAUUUUGAAGUGGACUACGUGCAAUAUGUCAGAAACAACAUUGCUAACACAAAUGAAGAUUACAGAUUAUAUGCAGGUCUCAAUCUGAUCUGGAACAGUGCCCUGAGGUUUCAAUCGUUUCCAAGCAAUGAAUCACCUGAUGAUAAAGGUGGUGCUAGUUUUAUGGAUGAUGAAGACGCCACAACAUCCAAUAACGAAGGAGGAGACCCUCAUGAGGCGUUUGUUCUUGCUCUCACUUAUCUUGGAACAAAAGAUCUUCUUUUACUCGAAUGUGUUUGUAAAACUUUAUCUUCUACAAUACGUAACGAUUCGUUAUUAUGGAGAACCAUUCACAUUGAUCAGCCAUUAAGUGAGAAGAUCACCGAUGAUAUUCUUGUCCAAUUAACCAACAGAUCAGAAGGUAACCUCAGAUGUUUAACUCUCAUAAAAUGUCCAAGAAUCACAGAUGAUGGAUUGAAGCGUGUUUUGGAAACCAACCCAAAGUUGACGAAAUUGUCUGUUCCUGGAUGUACAAGAUUAAGCAUCGAUGGUAUUUUGAAUAACUUGAAGGCUUUCAAGUUGUCAGGGACAGGUGGCACUUCGGGUAUCAAACACAUAAGAACAGAUGAUGAACGUGAUAUAGACGUUGAAGUAUGUCCAAGGUGUCAGAAUUUGAGGCUUGUGUAUGAUUGUCCAGCUGAAGGGUGUUUUGGGAAAGAUCAAUGUAGGGCUUGUAUAAUUUGCAUACCUCGAUGUGCUCAAUGUGGUCGUUGUGUGCAUAACAGUGAAUACGAAGAAACGUUUUCUUUGGAGUAUCUUUGUUCUGGGUGCUUGAAGGAGAUGCCACGGUGUCAAAAGGUGCAACAGAUGGAUGUUGAUGUUUUUUGA